ACUUCGGAAUCCGACAUGUCAGAUUUCAACUACUCCUAUAACGAACGGAAACUUCCUUUCUCACGGCGGCUUCUCUCCUACGCGCCUUUCUGAUUCUAUAUUUCAGACUUUGAGUCCUCAUCCAAGUCAAUUUGGUGAAAAAAUUUCUAUCUUUUUCACUUUUCUGCAAAUUUAGCGUAGAAUAAAUCGCAAGGGCUAUUUUAGGUUCGAAGUUGGACGAUCAUCAGCGAAAGAAACACGCAAUUUGAUUGAUUGCUGUUCGAUCUUCUAGUCAAGGCUUUGAUUUUUGGAGCUUCGGAAAAGGAAAAAUGGAGAAAAUGAAGAAUAUAUUGAAGCCGAAGCCGAAUCCGCAACAGCUUUUGAGAGAUUGGCAACGUCGCCUCCGACAAGAGUGCCGAAAUAUCGAACGCCAAAUUCGAGAUAUACAGAGAGAGGAGAAGAAUGUAGAGAAAUCAAUUAAAGAAGCUGCAAAGCGAAAUGACAUGGGUUCUGCCAAGGCACUAGCGAAAGAGCUUGUGAGAUCUAAAAGAACUGUGAACCGAUUGUACGAGAACAAGGCACAGUUAAAUUCGAUAUCUAUGCACCUUGGAGAAAGUGUCGCUAUUGCUCGCACAGUGGGGCAUUUGUCUAAGAGUGCUGAAGUCAUGAAACUUGUUAAUAAUCUUAUGAAGGCUCCAGAAAUGGCUAUUACGAUGCAGGAAUUCAAUAAAGAAAUGACCAAGGCUGGUGUCAUUGAAGAAAUUGUGAAUGAUGCAGUGGACACUGCAUUGGAUUCAGAAGACAUAGAAGAGGAGAUUGAAGAAGAAGUUGACAGGGUCUUAACUGAAAUUGCUGGUGAGACUGCUGCGCAACUUCCUGAAGCAGUCCGAAAGGAGAAGUUAAAGCAACCUGCCCAGGCACUAGGAGAUGCAGAGGGUGCUGAUGACGAGGAAGAUCUAGAAGAACUAAGGGCUCGUCUUGCUAAAGUAAGAUCGUAAGUGAUACUUCAGCUGACUUCCAGUUCCUGAGGGUUCACUUAUAAAAGGCCAGUAUGUGAAGUGGCAGAGCUCCUUGUAUGGUCUGCUCCGGCUGCAUCUUCUUUCUGGAGCAGGAAAUAGUAGAGUACUUUCUGUAUCUUAAAAUUGGCUGCUCUGUAAAGUGUUAUCAAGCUCUUGAUAACGUGUAGUCAUUGUCCAAAUCUGAGCUUUUAUUCUCUCACGCUGUGUUAGGGAAAAUGUGAUGCUUUUCAAUGUAUGGAAAUGAAACACUAUGUUAAUGACAUUUCUUUGCUGUCUAGCAGAACAGGCAGUUCAAUUUAUCUAUUUAGGAGUUCUUUUCCUCUUUCUUUUGUUAUUUAUUAUUUUCAAUCCACUUUCAUUCUUCUGUUUUGGUUGAAGGAAUAUUAUUACUAUAGAGAAACUUCUGAUGUUUCUUGUUUAAUCCGUAUUCAUACA